AUGUCACCACGAGAUCCCGGAGGUGACAUUAUCCGGCCCCUCCCACGCGAGGGCCCUAUAGACAACACCUACGUCAACCUGGAAAACAAGGGCAUACCGGUUCCCGACGGCUGGUCAAACGAACGGGAACACCUCAACGUGGGGUCCUACUUUCAGCCCGGUGAAGGCGUCUGUGCUAUCAUCGAAGGCCGCGGAUACGGCCACCCCCGCCCCGUCAUUACGGACAACGAAGGCAACUUCAUUAUCCAAAGCACGAAGGGAGAGGAGGAGGAGUUUUUUAUCUGGAAUGACAUUUCGGGCAUCUGUUUGCGGGCAAAGGGACGUGGUCUCAAUCUUCCAAAGGUUGUGGACUGUCUAGGGCGCAGUCUCUUAUCCUUAGAUGUUGAGUGUGUAGGUAGUACUUGA